GUGAAUAAGUCAAGUAAUAUCCUUCAUACCACAGCAUCUCUGUACUUCCAGGAUAAGCGCUAUUCCUCUUCAAUAUUUGAUAUCAAGUUGUUAUCAUUUGCUAAAACAUUAUCAAAUAUACUCUGAAACUGACAGGCCACCAUUAAACUAAACUUUGUCAAAGAUUAUUUAUUUACAUACUGAUUAUACAUGUUCCUCCCGGUGUUAUUAAUGUAACGCCAUCUAGCGGUAAUCCAUUCACCAUGCAGGCGAUAAGGAGCUUAUUAAGUAAAAGUUUAACGAUUGCCGGUAGCGGACCUUGUAGAAGUCGUCCUUUGUCAACCACCUCUGUCCUCAAUAUGCCAAUUCAGGUAGGAAACCCAAUACCAUCUGUGGAUUUAUUUGAAGGUGAUCCAGGUUCUAAAGUCAAUACUGGUGAAUUGUUUGCCAAGGGUAAAAGUGUUAUAUUUGCAGUUCCUGGUGCUUUUACUCCAACAUGUAGUAAGGAUCAUCUACCAGGUUAUUUAGAAAAUUUUGAGAAGUUCAAGUCUAAAGGUGUGGAUCGUGUAGUAUGUAUUUCAGUCAAUGAUCCUUUCGUCAUGGCAGCUUGGGGUAAAAAUCUGAAUGCUGAUGGAAAGAUUAGAAUGUUGGCAGAUACUUGUGGAGACUUUUCUAAGACAGUAGGACUGACAGUGGAUAGAACAGUUCGAUUGGGUGGUCUUCGCUCUCAGAGAUACGCAAUGGUUGUAACAGAUGGUAAAGUGACAGCUCUACAAGUUGAACCAGAUGGAACCGGGUUAUCAUGCAGUGCCGCUAAGGAUAUCCUCUCAGUCAUUUAAACAUGAUGUAUAUAGGUUAUAACCUUAUUUGGGAAUUUGUAAUCCUUUACAAUUAUAUUUUACGAGAUAUUUAGAUUGUUUCUAUGGUUAUUAGAUAUAAAACUGGAUUACCGCCAUUUUAAUUAUCAGCAAUUAUAUUUUUGUAUGCAGUUUGCAAAUAUAUAACUUUUUACCAUCACAAAAGAAAGGGGUUUUUUUUUCGGGCAAAAUAUCAGUUAGCAAGGACAAUCUUUAUUGUAAAAACAUUUAUGAAUAUCCUUCCUUUUGGAUAAGAAUAUGUCCAUGUAUGUGGCAGUAUGUGCAUAUAUGAUAUUAAUUAAUGAAGUAUUUUAAAGACUUUGAUAUACACUAUGUCAUCAGGGCCCUUAUUCACGAAAACUUAAACUAAGAUACAAUCGAAAUUUUAAGAAAUACUGCAAUUCGAUUGGCUGAACAAUAUGCAAAUUGGAUUUAUGCAAAUUGAUUUUACUGGUCAGUCAAUCGAAUUGCAGUAUUUCUUAAAAUUUCGAUUGUAUCUUAGUUUAAGUUUUCGGGAAUAAGGGCCCAGGAACUGGAACCCAAAUGCUACUCAUUUUGUACACAUUUUUUGGUGGUGGGUUCGAGGUUAUUUGAAAGAAAGCCAAAGACUGCCAAUUCAAGUACUAUAAAAAUAACAAUUUGGCAUGCAUGUUCCUUGGACAAUUGUACAUCGAUGUCCUGCUUUUUUACUGAAAUUGUUUUAUAUUGUUGAUGUUGUUGGAUUUUUUGGGGGGACGCAGUUAUGGAACACUUAGUGCUAUAAUACCUAAUGGUUUUAUAUUGUUAAUGUUUUUGGAUUUUUAGGGGGACGCAGGUAUGGAACACUUAGUGCUAUAAUACCUUAUUUAUCAAAUUAUUUAUAUUAUAAUUCUUGUCAAAGAUUAAACAGUUUUAUUUCUAGUGAUAUUCAUAAUUUACUCUUUAAAAUUUUGUUUUAAGAAAACAAGCGCACAGUAAACCUUGUCCUAUAUUUAGAAGUCAAUCACCGAUAGAGGCUGUACAAAUAUUGUAGACGCAGCAUUUGGUUGCCUGGGUGACAGCAUGUAGUCUAAAUAUUAUUUGUUUUGAUCUUUAGAAAUAUUGUCCUUUACAAAAUAAAGUUUUUUAGAAAAUA